AUGACUCUUGGUGAAAAAAAUCCAAACAAGAAAAACAAAACCAUCUUGCUUGUGGGUGAAACAGGAGCAGGAAAAUCUACUCUGAUCAACACUCUGGUCAACUACGCCAUGGGAGUGGAGUGGGAGGACGAUGUCUGGUUUCAGAUCGUAGAGGACGAGAAGAGACGUCAGUCACAAAGUCAGACAUCAGAUGUGAUCGUGUACAAGAUCUUUGGUUUUGAAGAUUAAACUCUGCCCUACUCUCUGACCAUCAUCGACACUCCUGGAUUUGGGAGCACUACUGGGAUUGAACACGAUGCCAUCAUCUGUCAAAGAUUAUUUGACUUGUUCUCCUCACACGAUGGCGUCCAUGAGAUCAAUGCAGUGGGUCUGGUGAUGUAAGCAACUGAUAAUCGACUGAGUGAUCGACUGAGGUACAUCUUUGAUUCAGUCAUGUCUCUGUUUGGAAAAAACCUGGAGGAGAAGAUUGUCGUCCUCAUCACACACUCAGAUGGUCUGACUCCUGAAAAUGUUCUACGAGCUCUAGAAGACGCAAAAAUCAAAUGUGCCAAAGAUAAGAAGAAUCAGCCUCUUCAUUUUAUGUUGAAUAACCGCCAGAGCACAGAGAGAACAAAGCCAAAUAAGGUCAUUUUAAAGAGUGUGUGGGAUGUAACAAUGAAAGGAAUGAAACAAUUCACUGAUUUCCUGAAAAAAACUGAACCUCAGAACCUGAUGAAAACCAUCGAAGUGUUGAGGGCACAAAUCAGACUGACAGCCUGCUUCCAAAACCUGCAGGAGAGGAUCGAGCUGACUGAACUAAAACAGAGAGAAAUCCAUCAGACUCAGGAAGCUCUGGAGAAAUAUGAACGAGAGAUGAAGAAGAACGAGGAGUUCACUGUAGAUGUUGAUGAGGUCUACACAGAAAGAGAACCUAUCUAUGGUGGAAUGUGGUGGUUGGUGUUCUUUCAGGGAGCUGUCUGCUGUACUGUCUGCAAGGAGAACUGUCACUAUCCUGGAUGCACAAUGGCCUGGAAACCAGAACACUGUGAGGUCAUGAAAGAUGGCCGCUGCACUUCAUGUACCGGGAAGUGUCCUGCAUCAGCUCAUCUGAAAGAAAACUGGAAGUUUGUGACCAAGACAAAGAGAGUUAAAAAGACUCUACAAGCUGUGAAAGAGAAGUAUGAACAGAGUAAAACAGACAGUAAGAAGACAUCAAGUCUUUUGGAAGAUCUGAAAAAGAAAAUGGAAGAACUUCAGAGAGAAAAGGAUCAGUUCCUGGAAGAGUCCUUCAAUCAUGUCAUCAAACUGGAGCAGAAUGCCCUGAAAGUUAAUGCAGUGUCCACUCAUGUCCACUUGGACCUCCUGAUUGAGAAGAUGAAGGAGAAAGGAGACACAGAGAAGGUCCAGAAACUGGAAGAGAUUAAAAGACGAAUGGAUGAAGGAACCAGAUCAGUGUGGCGCUACAUGUCUGCAGCUGGUAAAGUACUGAAAGAACAAAUUCCACGGGUGACUUUUUAAACUUAAUACAAUUUUGGGACCCAUUGACUGUCAGUCUGAUGAUGUUGAAGCAUCUGGGGGUGAGGGUAGAUAUUUUGGGCUGAGCCAGUGGAUAUCUGAGUCAAGACUUCCUCUUCUGUGCCCAAGUUAUUUUGGCUAAUAUAAAACAUGUAAACAGAUAUCUGCCUGUGAAUGUGGAGAUUUUCUUUCUAAAGCUAAAUCAUUAUAAGAUGAUAGUCGACGGGCUCUGAGUUUGUUUUUCAGCCAGUGCGCUCUGCCUCUCCACACAGACCUACCUGCUGCUCAGACAUGACUGGUCAAUAAUAUUCAGACUGCAGAUGAAAGCCAGAACACUCCUGACACCAAAAUCUUGACCUGACACCUCCAGAUUCUGCAAACAUAUAUAGAUAAAUGUUUCUAGACAUUAAACAUAACAAAAUAUGUUUUUUAUUAUAUUUAGUGUGUGUGUGAGGCAAGGAAAGAUUAUUUCUAUAACACAUUUUGGUAACAAGGCAGUUCAAAGGAGAGGGAGGAGGAAAUCAAACCAGUUUAGCACUGUGCCAGAGUCCCAGUUUCCCAGUCGGUCUGGUAAUAUGUUGUGGUCGACCGUGUCAAUUGUGUCACUGAGAUCCAGAAAUACUGAGACUAUAGUUCUGCCACUCUCUGUGUUUUAAGUGAAUGUCAUUGAAGACUUUAACAAGGGCUCAGCUAAUUUGUCCAUUCAUCUAUUUUUCACAUUAUUAUUUAAUUUCUAUUUGCUUAUGGAAAAUUGUAAAACAUUUUGUCAUAGAUUUUGUUUUCAGAGGUCAUUUCUUAUUUAGUUUUAUGCUUGUUUUUGUUGGAGAUAAAAAUUUAUUUUUUUAUUGAUGAAAUUAAAAUCUGUACUGCUGGGAGGAAAUGAAGAAAGGGAAGAAAAUAACAACAUAAAAAAAGACAAGAAAUGAAGUCCAUUAUCUGUCAGCAUACGUCUUGCGUCACUUCAUGUGUGAACAAAGUGCUUUCACUAGUUUCACAGUGUACAGCAGAAGCAGAUACAUCCAGUAUGUACACUGUGGCAGUUGAUGAAAUAAUCUCAACUCAAUGUUCACUUGUUCUGGAGCUUUUGACUGAAUUUGAGUGUUUCACCUGUCAAGCCAACAUGGAUGAGACGUCGUGGAGUUGCUCAGAAUCAUGGGAAGUAGAUUCAAUCUGUUGAUGAAGACCAUGUGAUUCGGUCAAAAGCUCUGGAUUGAGAUGGAGUGAGGACGCCCCCUGCUGGUUAAUGUUGAGUACAACAGCUCUCUCCUUGCUCAAAUCACAAAUUAAGGUCACAUGGUGUUGGACAGAAAUACUUUUAUUUAUCUGUAGUUUCUUUGUGUUGGUUCAUUGUUUUUAAUCUUUUAAUGGAUAUGAAGCUGUCAUUGAUUCUGAUGUUGACAGACGUUUUAAUAAACUCUUGUUGUGACAGUAACACAACACUGACAUAUAUAAUAAAUACAGUAUAAACAUAUAAAUCAGUUAAACAUGACGUUUUCUUCUCAUAUUAAUCAGCUUAUAUUGAGCAUGUCGCAUGUAAACUCAGAUUGUCGUAUGUGCUCUGAUUUUUAUUACAAUCAAUAUUAUUACAUGUUAGUUACCCGCUGUCUUCAUGUGUGUUCAUGCUUGUAACGACUAGUUAAAACAUGUCACUAAGCCACCGACACCCCAAAACUCUGCCUUUCUAACUGUAACUGUAUUUAAGGUGUGCUCAGUAAAUGAAUGAGUAAAUGAAAUAAAGAGCAAACAGCUGAAAAUGAACUAAA